UCGCCUGGGCUCAGCGCAGCGCAGCUCGGCGGCCGCCAAACCGAGGCGGCACUGGCUCCGAGCUCCCUCUCCGCGCCAGGGGCUCCUCCAGGUCUCGCCUCUGCCCGGACCACUUCGGGCAGGAGUCGCUGGGCGAGGGCCGGCGACAGCAUCUCAAAGUUGGGGGCCCGCGAGGAUGAGGCUGUCCCCGGCGCCCUGGAGUCAGGCGCUGCUGGCCCUGGCGCUGCCCCUCGCCGUGGCGCUGGCCUUCUCCGACGAGACCCUGGACAAAGUGGCCAAGUCGGAGGGCUACUGCAGCCGCAUCUUGCGCGCCCAGGGCACGCGGCGCGAGGGCUACACCGAGUUCAGCCUCCGCGUGGAGGGGGACCCCGACUUCUACAAGCCGGGAAGCAGCUACCGCGUGACACUUUCCGCUGCCCCACCCUCCUACUUCAGAGGCUUCACAUUAAUUGCCCUCAAGGAGAACAGAGAGGGUGAUAAGGAAGAGGACCAUGCUGGUACCUUCCAGAUCAUAGAUGAAGAAGAAACCCAAUUUAUGAGUAACUGCCCGGUGGCAGUCACAGAAAGCACCCCCCGGAGGAGAACACGGAUCCAGGUGUUUUGGAUAGCACCACCAGCAGGAACAGGCUGUGUGAUUCUAAAAGCCAGCAUCGUACAGAAGCGCAUUAUUUAUUUUCAAGAUGAGGGCUCUCUGACAAAGAAACUUUGUGAACAAGAUUCCACACUGGACGGGGUGACUGACAAACCCAUCUUAGACUGCUGCGCCUGUGGAACUGCCAAGUACAGACUCACAUUUUAUGGGAACUGGUCGGAGAAGACACACCCAAAGGAUUAUCCUCGUCGAGCCAAUCACUGGUCUGCAAUCAUUGGUGGAUCCCACUCCAAGAAUUACGUGCUGUGGGAAUAUGGCGGAUAUGCCAGUGAAGGCGUCAAGCAGGUUGCAGAAUUGGGGUCGCCAGUGAAAAUGGAGGAAGAAAUUCGACAACAGAGUGAUGAGGUCCUCACUGUCAUUAAAGCCAAAGCCCAAUGGCCAGCCUGGCAGCCUCUCAAUGUGAGAGCAGCGCCCUCAGCUGAAUUUUCAGUGGACAGGACACGCCACUUAAUGUCCUUCCUGACCAUGAUGGGCCCGAGUCCUGACUGGAACGUGGGCUUAUCUGCAGAGGAUCUGUGCACCAAGGAAUGUGGCUGGGUCCAGAAGGUGGUGCAAGACCUGAUCCCCUGGGAUGCUGGCACCGACAGCGGGGUGACCUAUGAGUCACCAAACAAGCCCACAAUUCCCCAGGAGAAAAUCCGGCCCCUGACCAGUCUGGACCAUCCACAGAGUCCUUUCUAUGAUCCAGAGGGCGGGUCCAUCACUCAAGUAGCCAGAGUUGUCAUCGAGAGAAUUGCCCGGAAGGGGGAACAAUGCAAUAUCGUGCCUGACAAUGUUGAUGAUAUCGUAGCAGACCUGGCUCCAGAAGAGAAAGACGAAGAUGACACGCCUGAAACCUGCAUCUACUCCAACUGGUCCCCGUGGUCAGCCUGCAGUUCCUCCACCUGCGAAAAAGGCAAGAGGAUGCGGCAGCGCAUGCUGAAGGCACAGCUGGACCUCAGUGUCCCCUGCCCAGACACCCAGGACUUCCAGCCCUGCAUGGGCCCUGGCUGCAGUGAGGAAGACGGCUCCACCUGCACCAUGUCCGACUGGAUCAUCUGGUCGCCCUGCAGCGUCUCCUGUGGCAUGGGCGUGCGGUCCCGGGAGAGGUAUGUGAAGCAGUUCCCAGAGGACGGCUCCGUGUGCACGCUGCCCACCGAGGAAACGGAGAAGUGCACGGUCAACGAGGACUGCUCUCCCAGCAGCUGCCUGGUGACGGAGUGGGGCGAGUGGGAAGAGUGCAGCGCCACCUGCGGGAUGGGCGUGAGGAAGCGGCACCGUAUGAUCAAGAUGAACCCGGCAGAUGGCUCCAUGUGCAAGGCUGAGACCUCACAGACGGAGAAAUGCAUGAUGCCCGAAUGCCACACCAUCCCGUGCUUGCUGUCUCCAUGGACCGAGUGGAGUGACUGCAGUGUGACCUGUGGGAAGGGCAUGCGCACGCGCCAGCGGAUGCUCAAGUCUCUGGCGGAACUCGGGGACUGUAAUGAGGAACUGCAGCAGACAGAGAAAUGCAUGCUGCCUGAGUGCCCCAUUGCCUGUGAGCUCAGUGAGUGGUCCCAGUGGUCCGAAUGCAACAAGUCAUGUGGGAAAGGCCACAUGAUUCGAACCCGGAUGAUUCUCAUGGAACCUCAGUUUGGAGGCGCACCCUGUCCAGAGACCGUGCAACGCAAGAAGUGCCGCAUCCGGAAAUGCCUUCGAAAUCCAUCUGUCCAGAAGCUGCGCUGGAGGGAGGCCCGAGAGAGCCGGAGGAGCGAGCAGCUGCGGGAAGAAUCUGACGGGGAGCAGUUCCCAGGCUGUAAGAUGCGCCCGUGGACCGCCUGGUCAGAAUGCACCAAACUGUGUGGAGGCGGGAUUCAGGAACGCUAUAUGACUGUAAAGAAGAGGUUCAAAAGCUCCCAGUUUACCAGCUGCAAAGACAAGAAGGAGAUCAGAGCAUGCAACGUUCAUCCUUGUUAGCAGGGGUACAAGUUCCCCAGGGCUUCCCUCCAGAUUCCACAGUCAUCAAUGGUUGGAUGGUUUGCUUGUUUAAGACGAUUUCAAUUGUGUCCACUAGUUUCCGUUUUUUGCAGUGUGGUUUGCCCGAUAGUCUUGUGGAUGCCAGGGAUAGUCUUUCUGAACAUUUCUUGGGGGGUACAGGCCGAGUGGGGCUCCCUCACCCUCAGCCAGCCCUCUCCCAGCACAGACGUGAGUAGAGGCAGUUACCUUGUGCUACACUGAAGCGUGUCCCUCUGGAGAAUCCACAUGGAGGGCAACCACGUCUGGAAAGGAUGGUGUCCCUGGGUCCCAGGGUGCACCAGGUAGGAAACACACCCACCAGAUGAAAAGAACACAUUCCCCUCUUUCCUAGCUUUGGCCAGGUCACUCUCGCAGAAAACUUGUCUGCCCAUGUCUUUUCACUUAAUGGAACUUCAGGUCUUGUUACAUCUCCUGCCGGGGUCAUCGCUACAUUCUUGGGGAAAAUAGUCAAGAAAAGCACUGACAUUGGAUAGCUUUUAUUCUUACACUGAAAAAUUCUGGAUGCAUUUAGCUCCUAAUUUUGGUUCCUGGUACCCAAAAGGAAGAAAAAUGAUGGCUGCUUCAGUUAAAUGUAAUCAGUUCUUACACCAGAGAUAAAGGGUACUAAGUGUAAAAAGUAGUUUUUCUUUGGUUUGUUUUCUGGUGCCAUAAUUCUAGAAACAUAGUUUUAUGAACCUACCUUUCAGUAAUGGAUCCUUAUUGGUACCAAGGACAACACAACAAAACUGGCCUACCUGUUACAAACCUGAGUUUUAAAGUCAUCCUAUACAUACUCAGACUUUUAAGUUUCUAAUGAGAAAAUGCAAAAGUCAUUCCUUAAUAAAAAAAAAACCUAUCUCUGUACUUAAAAGUUAUUUUUAGUCAUAACAUUUUAUAUUUAGAGAAAAAGUAUUUCAGAGAUGACAAAAUCUCGGAGGAAAUACUGUGUAAUCAAGCUGAGUAAGAAGUUGUGGUAGAAGUCAAGCCUGUGCCAGCCUUCCACAUCCGGGCUGUGAUCCUCACACACAGCCGCAGGGAAGGCCAUGGUUUCCGUAUCUAUUACGCCACUCUAGGUUCACCGAAUUCAGGGAGACUACCAACAAUUAGUAUCAUUUUGCUCAGCUGAGCCCGUCAGCGGGUCCUGUCAAAGUAUCACGCAUUUAUUGUUCAAACUUACUGUUGCAUUUCUUUUUCAGGCCUUUUUAUUACUGCUUAAUCCAAAUAUGUAUCAUGGGCAAGAGGCGUACAAUGACGCUUUGGAUAUACUACUUUAAGAAUCUGCAUUAAACAGAUCGGGAUAUUUCUAAAAUACAACACAUAUAUACUAUACCCCUGAAUAUGUAUUUUCUUGAACACAACAAAGACUGUUCAAUAAAAACAACUCAUUGGGUCCACGUC